AUGGUUGUCAUUGUGUAUGUAGAACAACGAAUCACACCGGGUCUGCUCGUCUACGGGGACGAGAGAAGCCACAAUUCCUCAGCCAUGGUAAUCACGGAACCAGGAUACACUUUGAUCAGACCCAAAUACAAUUCACUUUUAGUACGACUACCUGCUGACAAAUGGUAUCAUUCCGAUCACCGAUUCGGUCUGUGGAUAACCGAAGGUGAGCAAUUCUUUCAGUCCAUUCUAGCGAGUAUUUCCGCUUCGCAUUUAACCAAUUUUGCUUGA